GCAUCUGAUCUGUCAGAGUGGCCGUACUUGAUGGUUGAUUUCUCCGUACACACUUGAAGCUGAUGGGUCCAGGCGAACCAGACACCAGUCGAGUGGAUAACGCGGACAAGAUGGACACCAACACCACCUUCAACACAACAUCCCAGCCAGAGGUCACUACAACACUCACGACAUGGAGCACGGAAGUACACACUUUCACAGACGAUUUCGACCCUUUCUUCCACAUAACCAAGACGCCAACAUUCACCCACGAACCGACUCCACCCACCAUUAACCAUAGUCACCUUGGGAGAACCUACACACCUAUAAACCUCCUUCCUUAUCAGAAUCACAUUAACAAGUACGCUACUCUCUUCUUCGUGAUCAUCGGGAUGCCUUCAAAUAUGUUGUGCUUCAUUCUGUGGCGGAAACCAGAUUUAUGGAACGUGUCUGGUUUAUACAUGGUUUGCCUUGCUAUCAGCGAUUUCUUGGCGUUGUUUCUUAACCUGCUGAAAGAUGUGCAUUUAGUCUGGGAAAUCAACGUCUUAGACAAUAUUGUCUUGUGCUACACAUUCCCUUUGUUGCUCAGCUCGAUUCAGCAGUUGUCGACGUACUUUAAUCUUGGGUUUACUGUAGAGAGAUACAUUUCCGUGUUUUACCCGUUUCAACGAAAUGUAUACUGCACGGAAGAGCAUGCGAAGAUAUGCGUCAUUAUUUUUGUAGUGUUUUGUUUUCUCCUGAACUCACCCCAAACUUAUUUUUGGUUCAUGGAAACGUACACGUAUGAAGACACCAAAGUUACAAUUACGUACUGCGCUCUCAGGAGUGAGGUUGACCAAGGAGUCUUCUCCACGUACAAUAUCUACGUUUACGUAGCGGAAGGGAUUAGCUUUGGGCUAGUUUCCCUCAUCGUCUUAAUUCUGGAUGGGUUUUUGCUUCGGGAAAUGAUACGGUUAAACUCUGCAGUGAUGGGAAUGAGAAGAAACAGGAAAUGGAAAAAAUCGUCUACGACCUUCACAUUGCUGACUGUGUCUGUCUUCCAGAUUAUCACCACCCUCCCCGACACGUUUGCUAAAUCUCUGCACAAUUUGUACGAAGUGGAC